AUGCAGGAAAGACGACAACAAUUGAAAAUUCCACCAGCUUGGCAGCCCGACGAAUGGAUUUGCCAUCAUUCAGGAAGUCGACAAUCGACAAGAAUGGACAAUUAUUUCGUCUAUCAACAAUCGAAAAAUAGAUCAGCAACUAGUUAUAGAACUUUAGAAAGAUCACCAACUCCUAAACGCAUCAGCACAGCCAAACUGCGACGACAAAUCGAGAAUUUAAGUCUGAAAAGUGCCGAAUAUCGUCAAUCUGCUCGUCAAUCGAAAGUCAAACGGUUACGUGAUACUAUUAGUCCAGUAUCCUAUAAAAGUUUUUAUUCCUAUGCUCUUCAUCGUCAUCUUCCCACCCCACCUAUUCACAUUCCCAAAAUGUCAAAACAGUCUUUAAAACGAUGGCUCGACGCUCGAGAUGCAUAUCUUGGUCAUAAUUAUCCGUAUAUUCAAGAAGGUCUCCGCCGCCAUCGACGACUACGACGUCGAAAGGCGCGCAAAGAAAUGAACAUGAUGAUCGAUUAUGACGAAACUGUAACAAUCUUAUCCAUGGAAUCGGACCGGUUUACUUUACCCGAACUAACAUCUAGCAGUAGCCAACGUCGAUUGAGUCGAAAAGAGAGCUUUACGAGACGUCUCAGUCGAUCCGAAACAAAUCUGCGUCGCUCAGGCAGUCUGCUGCAGCGUAUUAAAUCAUUUGUUCGAUCACCAGUCGCUUCUUUAAAUCGUCUUCCAUGUCGGAAACGAGCAAGAAAGAAAACAGUGAUCAUCUGGGACAAUUUUGAUGAUAAAUGCAUUGGAACAGAAAUUAGCGAACGAACCACUUCUCGUACGAACAUCAAACGUUCCGAUCAAGGUGUACAAGCUAAUCUACCUCGUCCUCGAAUAGAAUUACAUCAUGAAUUUGACACUAGCAUGGUUGUCGGCGAGAAAAGACAACGAAUACGAUCUGUUCGAAAAGACGUUGAAUAUUAUGAUAAAGCAACAGAGACAGAUUUCAUUGAGAAUUUUGUCACUGUCCAGAGAGAAAAAAGAGGAGAAGAAGAAGAAAAAGAAGUCAAUGCUCGCAGGAAUGAUAAGGCCACUCGUAGUGACGCAGAAAAAGAAAACAUAAACCCAUCUACCAGCGAACAAUACAACGUUGAACAAUAUCAAUCCGGCGACAACGACGACGACAAACAUCAUUUGCCAUCGAUGUCUACUUCUGAUCGGCAACGAAACAAAAAAACAAACGAAGCAAUCAAAUCAUCACGAUUUACGAAUGCAGGUAACCGAAUUGUUCCGUUAACAGAUCUAUUUCAAUCAUCAGCAAUCAAUGAAAAUGAUAAACAAAACGAAUCGAGAUCGGCAAUUGUUACACCAACAGAAUCGAAUACUUCCGUUCAUGAACAAUUGUACAAACUACGGACUCGUUUCAAUCGGCUGUCCAAAGAACGACGAUUGCUCACUUGUCUGCUCAUUCUAUUCGCGAUUGUCAUGUGUGGUCUACUGAUUGGAAUUUUCAUUCUAUCCUGGAUAUAUCAAGGACGAACUUCGAUAAUCUAUCGAGAAGUUAAUACUACUACUACUACUGCUACUAAUGUUGGUGUCAGCGUUGUUGAAGUUCUACCGCGACAUGAACGAUACACAUUAAUCGCACUUAACAAUAAUAGCAGUCUAUCGACAAGUGCUAUUCGUACAAUAUCAUCGACUACAACUACAGAAAAACAACUAGCUCGUUAUGGUGAAUCGUGCGACAAUGAUAGCGAUUGUGAGAAUCCGUUUAUUUGCUUCAAAAAAGGAUCGUCAACACCGGGCAUGUGUCGAUGUCCUUUAAAGUAUGAUUUUAUCAAGGGUCGGUGUGUUGGUGAUCUCAAUGCAUUGUGUACAAAAGAUAUCGAUUGUCAACGAUUUAUGCUCUGUAUGGGUAUGAAGGAUGGAACACGGCAAUGUCAAUGUCAAACACAAUUCCAAUAUGAUAACGAACGACGACGAUGUCGUGGUGACUAUGAAGCUCCAUGUGAAAGCAGUGUGGAUUGUCGAACAAAUCUUAUUUGUAAUAAAACUGCAACAUCGGCAUUUUGUUCAUGUGAAUCUCAUUAUCACUACUAUCCAAGCGGAAAGAAAUGUCGCGGUAACCCAGGUGCUGUAUGCGAUCGAUUAACAGCUGAGUGUGUUGAUAAUGCUGAAUGUCGUGAUGGUGCAUGCGAAUGUUCGAAUCAAUUCGUACCGGAUGAAAACAAAGUGUGCGUCGAUCCAUGUCCAACAAAACUCACAAGUCAAGCACGCAUUCGUUAUCCAGGCAAUUGCCGACGUUUUAUUGACUGUCAACAAAAAUCCAAAACAGAAUGUCCGGAAAUGACCAUAUUCAAUUUACGUACCCAACUCUGUGACUAUCCGAAAAAUGUCUUUGAUUGUCGAUAG